CGCGAAACCGUUGAUUUGAAUCUUCAUCUCGGGUAUAUGAGCGCACCCAACAUGACGAUCAUGGUCCACGUCCACGACAAGAUCGUGGCGGUGUGCUGCGGCUCGGGUAGCCAACGCCUGCAAUGGCUCGGACAUGUCGCGAUCGCGCGGUACGACGCGUCCAACGAGCAAGGGUGGAUGCAAUUUGGUACAACCCCUCCACCUUCCAUGCAAUGCAUGCCCUUGACAACAUGGACAUGCAGGACGACCUGUGGCGAUUCGAAAUGCCAAAGGCGACGCAUUAGCCAUGACCGACAUUGUAUGCGAAGUCCUUGUGGACAAGGAACACAUCUACGUCGACACGUCGCGGACACCUUAACGGAACUUUCAUUGCGUCCUUAGUAUGAUCAUCAUCUACUUGUUUGCCUUCGUGGGCUUCUUGGACGCGCCAUCGUUCACGAUGAGCGCCAGCACGUUUCCCACAAACUCGCGCUCGUCUUCCAUCGAUGCCGUUGGAUGUAGCCAUUCCCACACUGCCACGACAUGGAGGACGUCCGACAACUGCCACGUCGAGGAUUUCUUCUGCCAAUACACAAUUAGCACCAGGAAUUAUUAUUUGUACGAAUAAUAUAUGUCAUCG